AUGAGUACUGGCCCUUCAACCACGUUGGCAGGGAGCGGUUGCCUCACAGUUGCUCUCGCCGGCGCUGCUGUUGUUGUUUCUGCGGUCACUUAUAUUUCUAACAAACGCCGGUCUGCAUUGUCUACCAUUGCCGCAAACCGGGGCGGUUUUCAAUCGGUGAGUGUCCAGCCUCAAACAAAAGGAAACGUGGCGGGCCAGGAUGCAUCGAGUGCCAAUAACCGUGGGGUUCCACAUUCCACAUUUCCCCAAAGUAACACCGGUCCAACGAACAGAUCAUACUACUACGCGUUUGCAGAGAGGCAUGUGAAGAGACACAACGCAACGACUAUGGAAUGGCGGGAUGACGUACUGGGCGUUCGAAUGCUUUUUUCACCCAUCCUGUUUGCUGUGGAAACCGAGGAGCGGCAAGCCCCGUUGCUACUUGUUGGGUUGCGUUACCUCAGACAGCCGGAGCAUCGCGUUGCCAUAACAUUUGAGUACUGUGAAACAGAAGAGACGGCAGAAAACUAUCGUGAGCUUAGCCUUGAGCGUGUUUGUGACUGCGCUAAGUUGCUUUCUGGCACCGGGAACAUUCGAAUUGGCAGCGCCCAGUUGCCUAGUGCCGAGUACUGUUAUCUGGACAGAGGAAAUAAGCUGAGAUUUGCACUCUCUGUGUUCCUUACAAGCAAGCGCCUUGCCGUAACUGCGCAGUACAUUGCCGACACGCGUGUGAAGAGCGUGCUGCCUACGGCCUUCAAUGAACUCGUGCGGUCCAUUCAGUUCUCUGAGCCACGCUCGUCACCUUCUUAUUUGUUGUGUGCUGAGCCGCGUCUUGGGUUGGGAUUUAGACUACCGCUCGACUUUGUUAUGGAUGAGCACCUGCGAGAGCUGUUAACAAUUGCAGAGGAAACGACAGUAACAUCGGCGACACCUCGUGCAUCCGGAGGUGAAGGACCAAAUGGAAGUGCUUCGCACAGUGCCCUUCGCCGGAUAGACAAGGAGGGGCGCAACAGCAGCAACGGUCCCAGAGCAGCUGGCAAUGCUGCUCCAUCAACUCCAGACGUGCUGUGGGGCUUUAGUGUACCGCAUCAGCUACCAGACUUAUGCGCGGUUGAACACGCUACCGGUGGGGGUAGGUACGGGUUUUUGGGAAAUGGGGAGACAAAUGGUAAUAGUGAUAGUGUUAGUGUGCAAUUUGUCACUAUUUCAAGCCUCGGCCCACGCCGAAUCGUUGUCGUGGCUUGCUACGAACCCUUGCCGGCGGGUAAUUUCAGUUGGCAAACAUUUUUUGAACAUCAUCUUCGCGCGGUAGUGCGGCGCUUCUCCGUACAUCACUCCACUGAUGGAUCUAAUGCCUACUCUGUCAGUGUCGUGAGGAGUAAUGACGAAUUGCAAUGCGCGAAAAGCGGUAAACAGAGAAACUUCGUAGUGCAACUACAGCAGAUUAUGGUACCAACGAAUGGUGACAGCGCGGGGGAGGAUGACCCGAAUCCCACACUACAGUUGGAAGGGGCUCUUUGUGUGCAGGAAGUACUCAUUGAUCCAAAUAAUGUUUGCGCUGCCCAUUUGCGUCAUCCACAGGGUCGUAGGAGUGACGGCGAUGCUCUCUCACCCACCGACUUAAUGCAUAUGCAUACCGAUAAGGCUGGUCCAAGUGGUGAAGCGUUUAUCAGCGCCUAUCUGAGUGUGUUUUGCUUGCGCAUUCGGAGUGAAUGUGUUUCUAUGUGUUUUCUUUUCCCGACUGCAUGCCACACGCUGGAAGAGGUCGUUACUUUCUGCCGCCGUACAAUUGAUACCAUGUCACUUGGAAAUCAUUACGGACAGAGUACUUCGCUUAUAUACUGCAAUAAACGACACGAAGUACUACCCUUUAGUAUAUUAUUAAACCCUGCUUGCGCAGCUGCCGCUGCAACAGUUGUGGUAAGAGAACCUAUUAUGGGUGAACCGCUUGCUGCAUUCUGUGUUGGUGGCAUGGAUGGCCUUACUGUCCACCUCAGGGUAUUCCCAAUUCCAUUUGUUGCGCACACUUCGCAGGUGGCGCGACGCCGGGCAACCUCUCGGCUCGAGAAACUAGUACGGGAUUACCUAUUGCGGCUUCCUGGCCGCGUAUGUGUGCACCAUUGGGAGACCACCAUGUUAGGCGCCUCCGCCGCACUGGAGGUGCAUUACGAGCAGCUGUGCGAUAGUGACGACGACGAUGGUGAUUCCGAUUCCUUCGUCAUGGACAAUGAUAUGGGGCGCUUCAACCCGUUUUCCUUCCUGGGUUCACCAUAUUGUCAUGAGGGGCAUGAUAUGGAGGGCGCAGAGUGCCCACAAGAGCAACACACACCAGUGAUUGGCAUGUCUGCUUCUGCUGUGGGUUCGUCUGUUUUAUCGCGCUCUGCAGAGCAUAUGCUGCUGCGCGCCCCGUCGCUAGACUCCAGAGAGGAAUCUACGACUCUGCAAGUGGCAGUAGUUGUGUGUUGUGAGGGUUGUGCCUUCCUUUUCCUCGCCAGUUUGGAGGGGUACCCUCUCGCAGCCGUUAGGCAGGUUGUACGGCAGUUCGCUUCCAAUCUCUCUGUCUCAACCGGAGUGACGGCAUAG